UCAAGAUUCAAGACGUUUGGGUCGGGGUAAUAAAAAAAAUCAGUCCAUAAAAGACAUCUUCUUACUUUGUCUUGAAAAUCGGACAGAUGAAAUAAAACGUCUUCCACUGUCGGAAAUUCCCACCAAUUAAUGAAUUCUUCCCUCUCUGCCACUCCUCCUCUUCUCUCUCUGAUCCGAAGAAACACACCGCCCCAACUGUCUCCUUCCUGAAUCACUUCAGCAAAAUUUCAAACUUUACACAUAGUCUCAGAUAUUAAAGGGUUGUCGUUGUUUUCGUUGUCCGGCGGAAGCUGAGGUUUGCCUUGUAGAGUCAUAGUUGGAGAACGAGGGUUGUUGGUAAAAAAAAAUGCGGUUGUUUCCAUUGAGCUCGAGUUCGAGUUCAUCAAAGGAUCGGAAUAGUAAUGGAGAGAGAAAUCGGGUCUCUUUGUAUUUAAAUGUAUAUGACCUCACAAAUAUAAACGACUAUCUCUACUGGUUCGGGCUUGGGAUUUUUCAUUCCGGCAUUGAAGUACAUGGUUUAGAGUAUGGGUAUGGAGCACAUGAGUAUCCAACAAGUGGGGUGUUUGAAGUUGAACCCAAAAAUUGCCCUGGUUUUGUUUUUAGGCGGUCAGUCCUUUUGGGUAGCACCGACAUGACUCGUUCAGAAAUUCAGUCAUUCAUGGAGCAUCUUUCUAGCAAAUAUCAUGGAGACAACUAUCAUCUGAUUGCCAAGAAUUGCAAUCAUUUCACCGAUGAUGUUAGCGUGUGUCUCACAGGAAAGCGAAUUCCUGGAUGGGUGAACCGACUAGCACAUUUAGGUUCUUUCUUCAAUUGUCUGCUACCAGAGAACAUUCAGAUUCAAGCAGUAAGACUCCCUGAUCAUCAAGCAUAUUCAGAUGAUGGGACAGAUUCUGUAGGAUCAUCAGUUUCAGCAGAUGUUGAAGAAGAGGAGCUAGAUCAUCAUCUACUGACGGUUACAAACAGUGAUGUAGCAUUUUUGAAGGAAAAGCCAGUGAGGCUAACAAAGGAGGCUCUUUGACUUGUAUUUUUCUUCACCUUCCCAUUUAUUGGUUUCAUCUUGGGCCUUGUUGUUUGUGGUAAUUGUAUAAAAUCUAACUGUACUAGUUACCAUAUCAUCUGAAUCAAUUUGUUUGAGUGUAAAAUAGCAAGUGGCAAGGAACUGUAGUCACUUCCGUCUUAGUGCUUAAAGUAACUCAUCUUUGUUAGAAAGAAAAAAAAAACCAUUACUUUUUGUUCAAUCUAA